AUGGAACAUAUAAGCAAGACGUUAGCGAAGGAAAUUAAAAAUACCGAAACCGAUGAAUUCAAUCAGUUGAAUAGUCAAAUAGAUACAACGUUAUCUAACUUGCGUAGAAAAAGAGGUAUCUUGGAAGAUCAGAUCAAACAGUUUGAGGAAGUGGAACGGAACUUAGCAGAAAGCCCUGCUUCUUCUAAUGGUACAUUAAACAAGAUUCAAUUUAAACUAGAUAAUGGAAAUACCAUAGAGAAGACCAGAGAAGAAGCUUUAGAAUUUAUCAAUAAAAGAAUCGGUGAAAUUAAAGAAGCAGUGACACAAUUCAAUACCAAAAUCAAUGAAGGAGAAAUGACCAAAGAGAAGUUGAAACAGUUUAAUGAGAUCAUACAAAAUGAAGCCAAUGAUACCGAAAAUCAAGGUGAUGCUUUUCAUGAAGAAAAAUUGAACGAGGAAGGCUUACCAUUCAUGGAUAUCCAAGAGGAAAUCGACGAAGAUGGCAAUGUUGUAAAUGUCAAGAUCAACGAUUCUAAAGUCAAUAAAGAGACACCAAAAGUAGAAGUUAUCGAAGAAGAUAUUAAAAAGAAGACAAUUGAUACAAAAGAACAAUCCGAGAAUGAAAACUUAAAGACGUUGUUUGAGGAAAUGGAAAUAAUUUCGAAGAAUGACGAUAAGAAUAGAGAUUUGAAUUUCGACCAGGAUGAAUUAUUGGAAAGAAUUGAUAAACUAAAUAUAAGUCCCGAAGAUAAAUUUAAUUUGAAGAAAGUUUGUGUUGAAGAAUUUCAAAAAUUAAAUGAAGAUGAAGAUGACGAGGAAGAAGGACAAGAACACAAAGGCAAAGAAAAUGUUGAAACAGAUACUACAAACGACGAUUCAUUCCAGCAUUUUUCAAUUGACAGAGACAAUAUGAUAGAGUUAGAACUAUUAGCAGAUGACUUUGAUGAUUCAAUAGUUGAGAAUAACGAAGGGUAUGAAGAUGACCAAGAGUUUGAUUACGAUUUUGAAGAAGAAGAAGAGGAUGACGAUGAUGAUGCCGCAGAUGAACUAUUGUACGGUGGAGGACGGGCUAAAAUUAUUGGAGGGGAUGUGAAAUCAAACAAUAUGUUAUGGGAUCAAAUCAUGAACCUUAGAAAGGGAAGACUAGGAGUCAAUGAGAAUGACGAGAUCAUCAUCGAACAAGAAGAAGUAGAAGUAAAGGAUGAAGGUAAGUCAAAGAAAGGUAAAAAAGCAGUUAGGUUUUCAGAACAGUUGGAUAUUAAAGAAGUCGAUAAUAUAAGUGAAAGUUUAAAGAACCCACCACCUGCACCAGCAAAGAUGUCAUUAUUCAAGCAAAACCGUGUCUUUAACAAAUCAAGAUCAGAUGAAGGGAAAAACGAGCAAGAUAAUGAAAUUAUGGGAGACAUCAUUGAUAGGGACGAUAUCAUGACCGAUAGCAUCGUUGAAAAUGAUGACAUUAUGAAUGAUGUCGUUGAAAAAGAGGAUGUGAUGACUGAUAUCAUUGUUGAGAAUGAUGAUGUUAUGACGGAAGUUAUUGAUAGAGAAGAAUUCAUGGAAGAACCUGAAAGGAAGACAACUUCUAGAUUCAAGUCUAUGAGAAACCAAUUGAAUUCACAGAAACCGCAAAACUCGAAACCACCAGCGAUUAUUCCAAUUCCUGGAAUUGAGAACAAUCAAAUAAACGAAAAUCCAGAAGAAGAAGAUCCUGCUCCAAUUUUGUCGAGAUCUGAUUUGCAAGAGAUGCAACUGGAUAUGGAUAAAAUGGCCCAAGCAUAUGUUGCAGGAAAGUACGAUGAUGAUAUAAUGACUGAUGGUCCUGUGGUUCAAGAAUUGAAUGAUUUUGAACAUUUAAAUGACAUUGUUGAAGCUAGAAAGAAAGAUUUGAUGGGAUUACAAGAAUUUGAUCCUACGUCAAAUGAAGUUGGUAUGGAUGAGGACAUCGAAGAUAACGAUGAAGAUUCAGAUGAUGGUGAUAUUUUGACUGAAAUUGUGGAAAAUGAUUUUGAUGAGGAUGAUGAGAAUAAUGGUGUUUUUGACGAGGAUGCUGUGUUAGAUCGAGAAAUCACUGAGAAUUAUCAUAAACUUAGAAACAAAUUGAUCUUGGAUAACAAUGGUUUCAAGAAGUCACAAGAAGAAUUAGAAUUCGAACCAACUGAUGAAGACGGCAACCUUAUUAGAAUGAGUAGAUUUAAAGCUGCCAAAUUGAACCAUAGUAUAUAG